GGGUCACUCUCCCCUAAAGAUGUCCCAAUUCGAGUAAACCAACACAGUUUGUAUUCUAUAGCCAAACAAUUGGUGGAUUACAACACCCAGAAAUCACUUGCAUCAUUUCAUGCAAGCGGCGAACGGUCGUCGAAUAUCCCCCCCAAAAAAGCACCCCGUUGAGCUCCUACUAGCUUCUCCCACAAUUUGUCAAACCUCCCGACGAUCCAAUUACUCCUGUCCAUCCCCUUCAUUCCUAAAGUUCAACGUCCAAAUCACCCCUUUUCGAAUACUCCCACGCCAUGUCCCCGUCAACAUUACUCUCUCUCGGUUCCGCGAUUCUAGCCGUGUUCCUCUUCUGGACACUCUCCUCCACCACGUCUUCACCAUUCGGCGGUGCAUUUCCUCGUCUAUACAACAAGCGAAUAUGUCUCCUGAUCGCCCACCCGGACGAUGAAGCCAUGUUCUUCGCGCCCACGGUCCUGGCCCUGACCAGACCGGAGUACGGCAACCACCUCAAGAUCCUCUGUCUCAGCAGUGGAGACGCCGACGGCCUGGGCCACAUCCGCAAAAAGGAGCUCGUGAAAAGCGCUCUGCAACUAGGCCUACGCCAAGAAUCAGAUGUAUACAUCAUCGACGACCCUACCCGAUUCCGCGACAGCAUGACCGUCCAAUGGACCGAGUCCGACGUAUCAGCUGUUCUCGAACACGCCUUUGCCCCCGAACUCAGCGACAGCACCUCUUCUUCCAAGAAGAAAUCGAACAAAGCCGGCUCUGCACCUACGGCCACCAUCGACGUGCUCUUGACCUUCGACAAGGGAGGUAUCAGCAACCACCCUAAUCACCGGUCUCUGUACCACGGCGCUGUUCAUUUCCUGCGGUCCCUGAUGAAGGAUAAAUCGGGGUAUACCUGUCCGGUUACUCUGUAUACGCUUACCACGACGAAUCUGCUGCGCAAGUACGCCGGUGUUUUGGAUGCGCCGUUUACGAUGGUUCGGGGCGCGCUGCAUUCGGUUCUGGGCCGUGGUGGUGCUGGAUCUAAGGGCCAGCUUCCUUCGCGGCUUCUGUUCGUCAGUUCUGUUAAUGAGUGGAUGACUGCGCAGUCGGCUAUGGUUAAGGCCCAUCAGAGCCAGAUGGUGUGGUUCCGCUGGGGUUGGAUUACGAUUGGUCGGUACAUGGUGGUGAAUGAUUUGAAGGCGGAGAAGAUAUGAUCAUAAAGCCUGGUUAUAGGCUCAGUGAACUGACUGGAUAGGUGCCAUGUGUUUUGUAACCUAUACCCGCAUUGUAUGUAUAUGAUUAUGAUUGUUUCCUUGGUGGACUGACGUUGUCUGAGGUAU